AUGUUUACCUCCGGAAGCACAGGGGAGCCCAAAGGAGUGAUGAUAGAUCACUCCGCUUGCGCAGCCGCAGUUUCAUCUCACGGUAACGCCACUGGAUUCAGUCCAAAGACUAGAGCUCUCCAGUUUGCUCGCCACACAUUCGAUGCAUCCAUUGCAGAGAUCCUCACAACACUUGCAUUUGGCGGAUGUGUAGUCGUGCCGUCCGCAGACGAGCGACUUAACAACGUCACGGCUAUCAUACAGGAGAAAAAGGUCAAUUGGGCUUUCUUCACACCGUCGGUUAUUCGAUUGCUGGAGCCGUUUGAUGUCCCUGGUUUAACGACUAUCGUUCUCGGUGGGGAGCCUCUUGGCCAAGACAACAUCGAAAAAUGGGCCUCUGGGCGCAACCUUGUCGUCGGCUAUGGUCCUACUGAGAACACAGUCUUCUCAGCUAUGCAUCCAAUCUCUCUAUCCACCAAGGCAGGGGUUAUUGGGCGCGGUGUUGGAACCCUUUGCUGGAUUGCCGACCCGGAGGACCCCAGUCGUCUUUCCCCCAUUGGGGCACCUGGGGAGCUUCUUCUUGAAAGCCCACAGCUUUCGAGGGGAUAUUUGAACUUCGCGGAGGGCGAGGGCCCAAACCAAGCUUUCAUUCGCAAUCCCCUUUGGCUAGCCAAGCAUGGCCGACGAUCCAGACUUUACCGGACCGGUGACAUAUGCCGCUUCGACCAGAACGGUGUUAUUCAUUUCGAAGGACGAAAAGACACUCAGCUCAAGAUCUCCGGUCAACGACUGGAAGCGUCAGAGGUUGAGUACCAUCUAAGAGCCGCUUUUGGUAUCACAGACGUCGUUGUAGAUGUGCUCACUCGACCACUUCACGGUAGUAAGCCUCAGUCUAAAGUCCUUGUCGCUUUCGUGUGCAUUGAGAAAGUCUCUGAGAAGGAAGCUUCUCAAUCCCCUUGUAUCAUGUCUCAUCAGUACACACCUCUCUUGGAAGCAGUUCCUAGAGUCGAAGAGGAAAUUUCUCAAACGCUUCCAUCAUGGAUGCACCCUUCGGCUUUUAUCCCUCUCUACUACCUACCUUUAAGCCCCAACGGAAAAGCAGAUAUCAAGAGGUUGCGCAGCGAAGCCGAAGCCCUUACGUCGGAUCAACUCUACUCAUUCACCCAAGCUGAGAAGACUAUGUACGUUGAGGAGACAGAUAAGCUUCGAUUGAUGCGACAGCUCUGGGCCGAUGUGCUCGGUGUCCAGUCGACCGCAAUCCCUGCUACCAGCAACUUCUUCCGCCUUGGGGGCGAUUCACUUGCAGCCAUAGGACUAGUCACUGCUGCACGGAGGAAAGGGUUGCGAUUGAGCGUAGCCCAGGUCUUCAAAACACCUAUUCUGUACGAUCUUUGCAAUGUUCCGGCUGAGGGCAGGAAAACUACUGUCAAGGUACGACCGCUUGAGCUUCUCGGCGACGACUCGAAUCAUUCCGAUAUUCUCAAAGAGAUUGCAGAGGAAUGCUCUAUCACCAUUCAGGACAUCGAAGAUGCUUUUCCUUGCACCCCGUUGCAAGAAGGACUCAUGGCUUUGUCGUCCUCAACCACCAACUCCUACUUGGUGCAGUACGUCAUGCACCUUCCUACGGACAUUGAAGUCGCUAGAUUGAAGAGGGCAUGGGAAUCAGUGGCUCAAGUGCAUGGAGUCCUACGUACUCGAAUGGUCGGCACACUUUCCUCUGGCAUCCUUCAAGUUGUCACCCAAGAGAAUUUGGCUUGGAAUGAGAGCUUUAACCUUGAGGAAUAUCUGGAAAUGGACUUGAAGCAGCCCUCAAAUUUUGGAGCGCCCCUUAACCGCUUCGGCAUCAUCUAUGCGGCGAACGGAAACGCUUCUUGUAUGGUCUGGACAGUGCAUCAUGCCGUGACCGAUGGUCAUGCGGUCGGUCUCACCUUGCAGGCAGUUCGAGCUGCCUUUGACGGCACCCUCAAGACCGUUGAGACUUCAUUUUCUUCGUUCGUCAAAUACUCAAGGGAUGCAGAUACCGAGUCAGUAUCGAGGUAUUGGAGCUCUGUGUUUAAAGGAGGACAAUUCGCUUCUUUUCCGCCAAAGCCGUUGGCGCCAGGAAGUACCUCGGAAAAGGGCUAUUCAGCUUUCGCUCGUCGUACCGUACCACUUCCAUCACCAAGCACAGGAGCGACAGCCACAACCAUCCUCCGCGCAGCUUGGGCACUGGUCAUUGCCCGUUUCAGUGGCUCUGAGGAUGUCGUCUUCGGUGUCACCACUUCUGGGAGAAAUGCCUCCUUUGACAACAUUGAGUCAAUUAUUGGCCCGCUCAUUGCGACUGUGCCUCUGAGGGUCAGAUGCAAUGGCAGAACGCUUGUUCACGAUUUCCUGGAAAGCAUUCAGAUGAGCACCAUCAGUAUGAUUCCGUACGAGCAAAUGGGUAUCCAACAUAUCGCCCGUAUCGACGCUGCAUGUCGGGCAGCCUGCGACUUCCAGAGCAUGAUGAUCGUUCAGCCAGAGGUCGACAUGGCCAUGGACGGUUGCCCUUUCAUCGGAUUUGACAGGCCCCAAGACCUUGACAAAUUUCGAUCAAAUGCUAUCAUGUUCGAGUGCAAAUUAGGGCAACAAACUGUGUCUCUAAAUGUCAACUAUGACACUCAGUAUCUCGAAUCAUCCCAAAUGGAGCGUUUGCUGGAUUACUUCGAGAGUGCCUUGGACUUCCUAGUGUCCAGUGAAGACCAAAGCAUCGAAAACUUCUUCAGUCAGCCGACAGACAAAGAUCUCGCCGAAAUCCGCAAGUGGAACGAAGCCAUUCCUUCUACUGUCAAUUCUUGCGUCCACCAUGUGUUCCAGGAACAUUGUCGCUUUCGUCCUAAUGCGCAGGCCGUUUUUGCCUGGGACGGUCUUCUCUCCUUUACCGAGCUGGACAUCAUGACUUCACGGCUAGCCAGAGUGCUUGUGGAACUAAAUGUUGGACCAGAGGCAAAGGUUGCCACUGAUGUUCACCCACACAAUGCCGCCACUGUUCUUUUCACUUCUGGGAGCACUGGAGAACCCAAGGGCGUUAUUCAAGAGCACAUAACAUUGUGUUCAGCUGCAUAUGCACACUCAGAGGCAAUGCAGAUGUCCAAAAGCUCUCGGAUCCUCCAAUUUUCUGCCUAUGUUUUCGACGUCAGUAUCAUCGAAAUCGUUAAUGCUUUCGUCCUCGGAGCAUGCAUCUGCAUUCCGUCUGAUGAAGACCGAAUGAACAAUCUGGCAGGCUUCAUCUCAAAAUCUCGAGCUGACUGGGCUUUCUUUACACCGUCAUUCGCACGCACUUUGGACCCUAGAGACCUUCCCACCCUGAAGACUGUCUGCAUGGGUGGUGAGGCCAUGACACUGGAUAGUAUUCAAAGUUGGUCUGGCUGUGUUCAGCUCAUCAAUGGUUAUGGGCCUUGUGAGGGCAGUGUGUGUACAACUGCAAAUCUCAGCAAAGGCCAAUUUAGACCAGAUACUAUCGGUCGCGGGGCGAACUCUAUCAUUUGGAUUGUUGACCCCAACUGCCACAACACAUUGGUACCCAUCGGUAGCAUCGGCGAGAUACUCAUCGAGGGCCCCAAUGUGGCUCGUGGGUACCUUGGUGACCCAGAAAAGACGAACAAAGCAUUCGUCACUAACCCAACAUGGAUCAGACAUUUCGAGAACGGCAAUGGUGCCAGAAAGAUGUACAAGACAGGUGAUCUUGGCGUGCUGAACUCUGACGGCACAAUCUCAUACUUUGGGCGGAAAGACACUCAAAUCAAACUUCGUGGACAGAGAAUUGAGCCCGGAGAAGUUGAGCACCAACUUACAAAGUUGCUGCCAUCAAAUUCCUUUGUUGUUGUUGACGCCUUGACGUUGCCGGGCGUUUCAACAAAGUCAUUGGUUGCGUUCAUUCAACUUGGCACUCAAACCUACGGCUUCGCGGAGCAGAAGAACAUCAUUAACGGGCUUUCUGAUCGUCUCAAGCAGCAGCUUGCAUCGGUUCUUCCCAUUUACAUGGUACCCUCCCACAUAAUCGCAGUCGAGCUGAUUCCAUUCACGCCAACAGGCAAGCUUGACCGGCGUGUACUUAAAGAAUAUGCCUCGUCGCUUUUCAUUGCCGAAACCUCAGUGGCUCGAUCCAUCGAUGAGGAUAUCAUUGGCGUUGACCUCUUGCGAGCUGACGAGCAAAUCGCAGUGUGUAUUAGCAACAAGCUUGCAGAUCUACUUUCUGCAGGUGAUCAUCAACAAAUGGAAUCCCUGCGCGGCCACAAUUUCAAUCCAUACUACGCUGGUAUGGACUCAAUCCAGGUCAUUUCGCUUUCGACAUUUAUUCGGAAGACAUAUAAUGUCAGCUUGCCAAUCCAGAUUUACAUGAAGAGCACAGCAACCGUUAGAGACAUUGCUCAACUGAUUAUCGACGAUCGGCACAAGUAUCAUCAAGACGAAGAACUCGAUUUGCUUCGCGAUAUAGAACUACACGAUUGGGAACUCGCAGCUCUUCCACUUCCAAAAUCAGAAGAGAAAGGUUCCAAUCUUGCUAAAGUUAUAUUACUAACGGGAGCAACCGGGUUUCUUGGGAACCAACUGCUGGCGCAAAUGUUGGAGCGUCCAGAGACUCGCAAGGUGGUAGCGCUGGUCAGAGGCCACGACACUGCCCACGCAACUAAGAGACUCAUGUGUCUUGCACGUAACAGCAGUUGGUGGUUGGAAGAGUAUUCCAAACGCAUUGAGGUUUGGCACGGUGAUCUCUCAAUGUCACACCUCGGUCUCGAAGACGGGCAAUGGAUGCGGCUCGACGGCACAAGCAUGGAUGACGACUUGAUUGAUGCAGUGGUGCAUAAUGGAGCAGUGGUGAACUGGAUGGCAGACUACCAGGCAUUGACGCCAUCCAACGUACUUUCCACGGUCAAUCUCUUGACGGCCUUGACAAAAGCAGCAGCAUCCCGACCCGUGCGUUUGACAUACGUGUCUGGAGGCCAUUUGUCAACUUCUCCAGACAACGUCCUGGAAAUCGCCCAAGAACUCAAGACGUACCCUGCGUACAGCCAGACAAAGUUUGUCGCCGAGGUCUUGGUCGCACGGUUUGCCGAGCGACUCAUCCGAUCCGGCUAUAGCUCUCUCGUGAGCAUUGUGAAGCCAGGGUUGAUCAUGGGUAGCUCCCAAGAUGGCAUUUCGAACACCGACGACUUUUUGUGGCGAGUCACAGCUAGUUCAUUGGACGUGGGUCUUUACGAUAAUGACGAGUGUGAUCUCUGGCUUGCUGCUGCGGGAGUCGAUCUCGUUGCCAAAAGAAUUCUGGACAGCUGCUUCCAAUGCGAGCUUGAUGAAGAUAUCCCUAUUGUCAAGAAGAUCCUCAACGGCUUGACCAUGAGAGAAUACUGGAAUGUCGUCAAUCAAGAGACAGGCAGCCUGACAGAGCCCACCGAUUCCAAGUCUUGGCUAUGUGCUCUUCAUGAUGAGGUUGAAGAAAAGGGGCCUACACAUAGGCUGUGGCCGGUGCUGCACUUCCUUGAUGACACAGGCGGCAAGCUCGGGCAGCCUUUGGGGUCGAUGACGAGGAAUGAUCAGCUCGAACAUCAAGACUUGGUGAAACACGCGCUCAGGAAAAGUCUUCAGUAUCUGGUGGCCAUAGGAUACAUGAAGUCGAGUAGAACAAGCAGCGUGGACGGUGACAGUUCGACGGAACCUACGCUGUUGUCACCUGGGGCACAGGUGUUUUCAAGGACGCCGACCACACCAGUCUGGAAUCAUGCAGCGGCGGACUUGAAGCGCUUGGGUUACAGUCGCAGCGAGACAAAGUCACCAGCGUCCAUUUCGUUGGCAGUUACGCCUCUGCGGAUGCCAAGUCCUUCGUCCGAUGUCGUAAGAAUCGGAUGA